AUGGCGGCGCCGCAGUUCCCGCUGGACCCGAGCUUGGCCGCGCUCAUCAUUGCGAGCUACGAAGGCGAGACGCAGCAUGGCGUCUUCCACGGGCACGGGUGCGCGACCUUUGUCAACGGCCAAGUGUAUGUCGGGAGCUUCCUCGGUGGGCGCAUGCACGGCCACGGCGCGCUCACGUGGCCCGACGGCGUUACGUACGAAGGCGACUUUGAGUUCAACGAGGUCUCGGGCCGCGGCAAGUACGUUUGGCCCGACGAGAGCUGGUACGAGGGCGACGUGAGCCGCGGGCGCCGGCACGGCCACGGCUACUUUAUGAGCAGCAACCGCGUCACGUCGUACGAAGGCGCGUGGGUGCACGGCUACCAGCACGGCUACGGCAAGCUCGUCUACGACGAGUUCCAGGGCAUCGAGUACGAAGGCGACUGGGUCACGGGCCAGCGCCACGGCAAGGGCACGAUGAAGUACGCCUCGGGCAACGUCUACGAAGGCGACUGGGUCGACGGCAAGAAGGCGGGCAAGGGCACGAUGCACUGGUUCGACGCCGCCGAGACGUACGACGGCGACUGGCACGACGACCACGGGCUCGGGCUCUUCUUCUUUGAAGAUGGCACGAUUUAUGAAGGCGAAUUCGUCCGCGACCGCAUGGUCGACAUAAACGACAACAAGAGCAAGAACGCCGAGACGCUCCCGACGCUCGUCUUGUACAUUGACGACAUCCUCCGCCACGAAGAGAAAUCGCGCGCGCUCAAAGCCACGCAGCACGCGGUCCUCCGCGCCAACACGGACCUGCGCAACGUCUACCGGCACUACGCGUCCUGCGGCGGCACGACGACGGCGCACGCGUCCACCGAAAACACCGUGCUCAUGGAGAUGCGGGAGCUCUGGCGGUUUAGCGCCGAGUGCCGCCUCAACGUGAGCAUGGGCAAGCUCAACCGGUACCUCCUCGUGGUCCGCAACGCGCAAAACAAGGCCGUCAAGAAGCUGCGGAUCCAGCGCGAGAAGAAGCGCCGGCACAUGAACAGUCGGGCCAUGGACGCGAUCGAGACGCCGCGGGAGAAGUGGACCGACAUCCACGACCCGGACCGCGUCGUUUUGUUUCGCGAGUUCUGCGAGAUCCUCGUGCGCAUCGCGUGGGACGAUGCGCUGGAGCGGGGCGAGGUGGACAUGACGGUCGCCGACGCUUUCACGUACCUCUAUGACGCCAAGAUCCACGACCACGCGUCGACGCCGAUGCUGCCGAUGGAAGCCAUUGAGAUCUCGGUGCACAGCUUGGAGAUGCAAACGGUGUUUCAAAAGUACCAGGAGCUACUCGAGAAGCUCUUUGCGCAGUACAGCGGGCCGGUCGCGACGCCCGAGAAUGAUUUGCACCUGACGACGGGCAACUUUGUGCUCAUGCUCAAGGAGAAGCGGGGUCUUGGCGCCCUCGGCGUCCCCGGCGUCCUCAAGUGUCUGCGCAAAACCAACGACGAGGAGGGCGGCGGAGAUUUUGACCCGUUCCUGCUCGACGCCGAGCUCAUUUACCCCGAAUUCCUCGAAGCCAUCGCCAAGGUGGCCAUGGCGGCCGCCACGCGCAACCUCCCGAUGCCAGUUCUCGUCGCCCAGUACAUUCGCGAUACGUUCGAGAAGCCACCGCGUGCGAUGAGCCUCCGCCGGCUCACAACCGUUCUGGAGCCCAAGAAAUCCAUGACACACUUCUAG